GGUCUACUUGCCAUCCCUACACACAACCUCCCAACAACAGGGCUCAUCAUUAUCCCCACACAACAACAACAAAAGUCAACCAUGGUUCUCAACUUCCUAUUAUCCCGCAUCUACAGUAGCCAGACGAAGGAGCAUCAAAGAUCCCUCCGUUUGUCUUAUCCCUGAGUUCCACGCCCUUUAUCUAGGCCACAAACCUCCCAACAAUAGGGCUCAUCAUUAUCCCCACACAACAACAACAACAAACACGUGUCAAAAGUCAACCAUGGUUCUCAACUUCCUAUUAUCCUGCAUGCUCCAUUCUUUCCGCGCAUGCUACACCCCCGGCGCCGCCACGGCAAAAGGUGACAUCAGCGCCUACUACUUCCUCGUAACAGCCAUCCCUCUCCUGCUAUCGACGGGGCUCCUCCUUUCCCGCUUCCUCAGAAGACAAAAACAGGCCCCACUGCCUCCCGGUCCGACCGGGUUGCCGCUGGUCGGUUACCUCCCCUUCCUCGGGACCCACCUCCACCGCGAGUUCACCGCUCUCGCCGCCACCUACGGCCCCAUCUACUCGCUCCGGCUAGGGAGGAAGCUUUGCAUGGUGGUCAGCUCCUCUUCAUUAGUCAAAGAGAUCGUCAGAGACCAGGACGCCGUCUUCGCCAACCGCGACCCGCCCAUCUCCGCCGUGGUCCUGACUUACGGCGGCGAUGACGUGGCAUUCUCGAACUACGGCCCACUCUGGAAGAAGCUCCGAAAGGUGUUUGUGAGGGAGAUGUUGGGUGGGGCGAAUCUGGAGGAAUGCUACGGGCUAAGGAAGCAGCAGGUGAGAAACUCCGUCAAAGAGGUGCACAAGAGAUGUUCCGGCGGGGAAGCGAUGGAUUUCGGCGAAAUGGCGUUCAAAACGACGACGAACGCCAUGCUGAGCAUGUUGUGGGGAGGAGUGGCGGGGGACGACGAGGGGUUCUACGGCGAGUUCAGGGAGCUGGAGUCGGAGAUGUUGGUGUUGAUGGGUACGCCGAACGUGUCGGACUUUAUUCCGGCGCUGGCCAGGUUUGAUUUACAGGGGAUUGAGAAGAAGUCGAAGAGGUUGCUCGACAAGUUCGAUGAGAUUCUGAGCUCGGUGAUCGAGGAGCGGUUGAGGGCGGUUGAUAAGAGGGGAGGCAACGGGAGGAAGGAUAUCUUGCAGGUGUUGUUGGAUUUGAAUCGCGACGGUGGCAGCGACGGUGAAAGCUAUGUUACUACCAAUCAAGUCAAAGCUCUGCUUGUGGUAAGGUUUUUGAGCGUUAAAUUUUAUAUCACUCUUUUACGUGGGUUUCUACACCACACAACGUCGACCAUGUUGGAGUGGACAAUGGCACAACUUGUCAAACAUCCAGACGCAAUGUCCAAAGUCUACAAAGAACUCAACGAAAUCGUCGGACAAAACGACGUCGUCGAGGAAUCUCAUCUCCCCCACCUAACCUACCUAGAAGCCGUCAUCAAGGAGACGCUUCGAAUCCAUCCAGCACUGCCGUUCCUAGCGCCACGCUGCCCUAGCAAAACGUGCGAGCUGGGCGGGUACACCAUCCCCAAGGGCACAAUCGUCUAUCUCAACGCCUACGCCCUCCACACCGACCCACAACUCUGGGAAGACCCUCUGGAGUUCAAACCGGACAGGUUCCUCGGCGUGGAGGACGACACGAAGUUUGAUUUCCAAGGGAACAACUUUCAGUUCCUUUCGUUCGGAUCUGGAAGGAGGGUGUGUCCUGGCCAGCCUCUGGCGGUCAACACGUUGAAAUACGUGUUGGCCACGUUAUUGCAUUCGUUCGAUUGGAAGUUGCCCGCGGGGACGGAGCUGGAGUUGGAGGACAAAUUUGGGAUUGUGAUCAAGAAGAUGAACCCUUUGGUUCUUGUUCCUACUCCCAGGCUGUCGAGUUUGGAGCUGUACUAGAAGAUUAAAAAAAAAUAAGGGUGGGAAGGCAAGAUGUGUUGGUUGGAAUAUGUUAUGAGGUGGAUGCAUAAAUUUGUCUUGUUUCGAGUUUUCAGAUGUCAUUGUGUUGUGCGAAAAUGUUGUUUAAUAAGCUAAUUGUGGUUGAUUAGUUUGGGUUUGAUGAUUAAUGGCCUUUUGUUGGACUUUAUUGGAGGUCUUUUGUUUAUGAUGGUGGUCGGGUUUUUUUUUUUUUUUAAGUUGGGGUAAGUUCAUUAGAAAACGACUGGGCUCAGCCCAAGAAGGAAAUGUACAAGCUACAAUGUAAAAGGAACAAAAGAAAGAACCAAACAACCAUGCCCAAAGACAAACCCAGAACUCAAUAGGGCCCGAACCCAGGACCAAAACAUGAAGGCCCCUUCCCAAACCCUAACACCCGAGCCCCUCUGUUUCCUCCAGCCGCCGCGGUCGGUGACCAUCCCUGCACCAAACCAAGCACCUCCCCCGACGGGAAACGCCACCAUGAGCCAAGCACAGAUCGGCACCCACCGAACCCGACAUGCGAGAAGAAGAGGAGAAGACCUCCGAACAACCCACCGCGAGCCGAACGCCACACUAGGGAUGGCAAUGGGUCGGGUCGGGGACGGAUAGUGCAUAUCCGUUACCCUACCCAAAGUAGUUCGGGUUUUACCCAUACCCAUACCCACAUAUAAAACGGGUAGAAAAUU